CCCCGCCGCUCUCUUUUUCUUACUUUUCUUACGUUUACAUUCGUCUGGACCUCAAUACCUGCCGAGGAAGAAGAAGACAGCAGUUCCUGCAGACACCCCAUUUUUCUCCAGGCUUUCCUGCUAAGUUUCUGGUUGCUGCCUCGACUCUCUGGAUACGUGGAUGGUUUUGAACAAAGUAGGAUUCUUUGUUGAAGCUGCUAGUGAUUAAUGAUGGAAAUUGGAUCACCAAGACUACCCCUGCCAAAAGGGAAGUACCAAUGGAGCUGCAUAUGGGGUUUGGUUGAUAUGUUUGAUUUUCGGACCGGACGGACCCGUCAGAAGCGGCUGUCAAACGGGAAGACAAGGCACAAACAUGAUGCACGGCAUUCGAGGAAGGUUGAUACCCUAGCUGACUUCUGUGAAAAGUGCCAAGGCAUUGAAGAUGGAGCAGGCUUGGGAAACCAUGCUGUUGAUGCCUAUAAGACCAAGGUAAAGGAUAUCGUGCAAGAAGAAUUUCCAACCGAAAAGCAAAUACAGAAACUACUAAAAGCUAUGAAACAGCACCAGAGAAAAUCAGAUUUAGCAGAUAAUCACAAGGCAAGCAAAACCUUAAAGAAAGCUUCCCAGAUGCUGGCAAAUCACAGGAAAGAGAAAGACCACGAGGGGCAUCAUCCGUGUUCAUGUUCAGAUGAACUAUCUUUGGACAAUCACAAAUUUGCAGCAAUGUUAGAAGAAAUCUUCAGUCAGAUUCAUCAAGAUGGAAGAUUUAACGGAGAUAUCCACAGAAGUCUUAUUCCUUCAAGGUUCAAGCAGCUUGAUGAGAUCAAUGUGCAGCUUCUUCAGAUGAGCGCAAAGGCAUUCAUCGAUCAGAUUUAUAUAAAGCGGAGAUAUACGAGUAAAGAUGCCGUCAGCAGUAAAUCUGAACCAUUCUCAGAUGCUUCAGAAAUUUUGCACGUAAACAGGGAUUUAUUCCUGAAACUUCUCCAAGAUCCUAAUUCUCUGUUGGUGAAACAUAUCCAGAAAUUGCAGUUUCCACCAAGGGAGAAAAAAGAAAUCAACUCAUCUCCUAGUUCCCAGUCUUCAGAAUGUCAGAGUAGUGGAACAAGCGAUUAUGAAGAUUCCCUUUCUACCAUGAGUAUACAAAAGAGGAAUGCGAAAAAACUUCUGUGGCAAAAACUUAAGCAACGAUAUGGAUUUUCAUCGAAGAGAAGUACCAGUUCUGCUUCAAAUGCGAUUGUAGUUCUGAAGCCAGGAUCAAAUGGCAGGAAGAUGCCUGAGAAUGUGUCUUGUCAUUGCUCAUCUCUGCAGUCUCACCACAGUUUGAAAAAUAAACGGGAAAAUAGCAAAUCCACGUACUUUUCCCUCAAAGAGAUUAAGAGAAAAUUGAAACGAGCAGGAGGAGAAAGCGAGAGAGAGCAGCGUUCAAUAUCAUUGGGAGAUGGUCUAAAUGAACUUUAUAGAAACAAAAAUUCCUUGAAAUAUGUUGAAAAUGGGAUCAGUCCCAUUAUUUCAAAAGGAGAAUCUAGAUCUGUCAAUGAUGCCAAGAGGAUGGGCAAGCAACCAAAACCAAAGGGUUUGAUAUCACACAAGGGACCUGAAAUUGAUUUCAAGAAUGUCUCUGAGUGCAACUCCUCAACCACAAGCUGCUCCAACCAACAGUCAGAUAUAUUCAUAGAAGCAAAACGACACCUUUCUGAAAGGUUCAGAAAUUUGAAUUUGGCUGAGACCCUACCCAGAAAACAGACCCCCAGAACGUUGCAGAUGAUUCUCUCUUUGCCUGAUCAUGACCGCUUGUUCACUCGUAGUCCCAAGAGGGACACAAGUGCUUCUGCUUCAAUGCUGAUGAGAUUUUUUCCUUACAGUGACAUUGAGAAAGGAAAGGGAGUGAGCUGGCCAAGUCCUCAGAAGCAUAAUGAAGAAGUUCAACUAUCUGCUGAUUCUGGAUCAGAUGAUCAGAUGAAAACUUUUGAAAUUAGGCCUAAUAUCCCAGAAAAGAUUAGUGAUGACAUUGAAGGUCGGGAAAACAUCUGUGCUACUGGAGAUGACCUUAAACCUACUGGUUACAUGAACGGUACUGAGGAAAAUGAAAGCCUGCUACCUGGGAAUAUGAACAUUUUGGAAGUGCCAUGUGAACGAGACAAGGUUGAUCGUACCUGCUGUGGACCAAGCACUGAAUCAACCAAAUUGUUAUACGACAAUGGCUACAAGUCCUCAAGUUUGGCUGAUUCUUCAGAGGAUCAUCACCACAGAUCUUUAUUAAGACCUGCUUCCAGUCCUUUAGACAUAUCUGCACUCGAAAUUGUGGACGCUUGUAAAUACAGAGAAGGUCAUCCGAGUCCAGUUUCUGUCCUAGACCCAUUUUGCCCUGAAGAUGCCAAUAGUCCUACAAGCACUACAGCUAAGCAAGAUGAAUCACCAUUGCAACCACGUCGUAUUGAUUUUGAUGAUCAUUUGCAAGUCGAAUCCCUUGAAGACGACCCUAAGGUCGAUAUUCCUGCAAGCACGCAUGAAGAGGAAUAUAUGUCAGCCUGUGUAAGGGCUGUUAUGCAAGCUUCAAAUUUCGAUUUUGAAGAGCUAUCAGCAUUUAGUCCUUGUCUUCCACAUGUUCUAAACAAUCUAUACUCAGCCGAUAGUGUGGGAUUAUUUCGAGUCGAGGCAAACUGUGAACUCAAUCUCCUACUUGACUGCAUUCACGAAGUCCUCUUAGGUAUAUAUUCCUGCUACUUUGGAUGCUCCCCUUGGUCAUCACUUCUCAAACCAAAUAUCAGGCCUGCUCCGCUUGAAGCAAACGUGAUUGAAGAAGUAGUGAAAGAAGUCAAUUGCUACAUAUCUCCAAAGCUGGGACAACCAACACUGGAUCAGCUUGUAGGAAUGGAUAUGGCGAAGUUUGGGUUAUGGUUUGAACUUCGUCCUGAUGCAGAAGAUAUUGCGAUCCAGAUUGCAGAAGAUGUUCUACAAGAAUCAAUGAUGGAUACAAUUCUUGAACUGCAAAUUUGAAGUCCAUGUUGCUUUUUCUUCUUUACUGCUGUAUCUUCUUUGGCUCCUAUAGUAGUUUGAACAGGUUAAAGUUUCUUGUUUUAGGCUCAGUCAGCUACCAGUGCUCAGAAGGUAGCUCGCACUCAUAGUUAGGCUGGCAGAAUGCAAUGUGCAGGUGACGAAUAUCAUAACUGAUUAAACCUAAAAGGGGUGGAAGGUACUAAUAGAUACUCAAGCCCGGUAAACCUUUUCUUUAUUUCAAUGUUGCUAAUUCUGUAUAAAAGAGGAGCAUAGUUCUUCUUCCAUUUUGCUGAUUGUAUGAAGUGCAUACUACACUUAUUUUGCUUUACAUAAAAUAAAAGGCGCAUAUAAAAGUAGGGCUAA